AUGACCCCACUACAGCAAUCAGGCCACCAAUUGAACCAGCCUUGCCUCCCCAAGGCACUCAUCUCGCAGUCCAUCCAAGCCGGUAUCUACCAAGCGCCCAUCAGAAAGAUCUUUUUUUUUUCUCAACGUGCACGAAUGCUGAUAGUAUUUGAGGCGCGCUGCUGCUCAGACGCUGCGCAGCACCAGAUAACGUGGCAAAUUGCCGGCAGGCGAUCGAGGCCUAGGCAGAGAUUGACACCAAACUCUCGUUGGCUAUCGCGUGUGAUUCCAGCCACGCCUAGAGGUCGCAGGGGCGCCCGCCAGAGAAGAGCUAUGUGGCGUAAAAUAGGGUGUUGGCGGAGAAGAGCCAAGAUCUGCUGCCGCAAUAACCGCAGGCGGGCGAGAGACUCGCAUGAAAGUGCAUCGGUACCGUUGCUGAUCAAUUGGCGCUGCUUUGCGAAUCGGCGUCCGACCGCUUCCGGUUGUAAUGCUCCUGGUGCAUGUCCAGGCACCGGCAUGUCGUCAGCAUUCGGCGGAUCCAUCGCCAGACUGGGUCCGGCCGGUGAGGUCCGGCCAGAACUUCGCAAGCACCAACAAUCGAGUCCGAUGCAGCACGUUGGUACCGCAUUACCAACAGUCGCUCUACAGGAAAAGCUCACAGCAGGAACAUCCGCAAGACGCACAGGAGCGAGGCAAAGUGGCGUGUACAGCCACAGAACUGUGCUAUAUGAAAUGUCAAGUGGUGGCUUGUGCGUCUAG